CCUGACUUGGCUCCAGGCCCGCUGUCGUCCAACAAUGUUUCUUCUACAGCACCCUCAUAGCCCCGCCGGUCCCGCACCACGCUGCUCUCUAUCCGCCUCGCAAUCCUGCACGCGCACCAGCGCCGCCACGUCAAGUGAGUCGACUACGCCAUCGUCAUUCUUCCCACGCGGCCUGACAAACGGUGAUACCUGGCGCCUUGACAUAUUCGAGGGCGACGAGUGGGCGGGGGGUCAAAAAGACAUCUCGAGACAGCUUGAGAGCGGUGGCCAGGCUGAGGGGAAGGCGCUUGCUGGCGCUGUCUAUGGGCUGCAUAGCGGACUACCAGCUCGUGACAACUUCGCUUUGCGGCGAGCGUUCGUCAUGCAGAUGGUGCAGCGAACCACCACACAGACUCUACAGCUCGAACUCUCACGCAGUUUGAGCAGCGAUCUUAGCUUACUUGCCAUCAUAGCAUCAUCUGCGCACUAUUCUGCCAUGUCCGGCUCCUCGACCCAGGCGGAGUAUCGUAGUAUCUGUGCGCUGCAGCAAGGCAGCCACAAACAAGAGGACCGCAAGCGAGACGAUCUCAACUCAAUCAACAACAAUUACUGCUCCUCCACACGCAUGACACACGAGCACAACUCGCCCUCAAACUAG